AUGUCAAUUAGCGUUUAUCCAAAUAUUAUUGUAAAAUUGAGAGACCAAUCCUUUUUAAGGGUGGUAACGAAGCAUUUGGCUCUUGGCAAGUUUGUUUGGAGAGCUAUAAAGUAUUCAUAAAUCAUAAUUGAUUAUAGUUUGAACAUAUAGAAUACUUAACUGAAAUUAAUAGCAUGUUUAGUUUUAUAUUGA